AUGGCGAUCUGUACUUACAACGCACGUACGCUUGCAUCGGAAGCGGCCAUCGAAGAUCUGAUGAUGCAAGCCAAGAAGAUUAAGUACGACGUCAUCGGACUGACCGAGACGAGACGACGUCAUCCUCUCAACGCCGUAUAUGAAACUGGAGAAGAACUAUUCUUAGGAACAUGCGACAGUAGAGGUGUUGGUGGAGUUGGCGUCCUCGUCAACACGAGAACGGCAAAGAACAUCGACUCUUUCGAACAACUUACGACGCGAAUCGGACGUCUGCGGAUGAGAAGAUGUGGCCCAACACCAGCUUUGACUAUCUUCGUCGCUUACGCUCCAACAUCAAGCUACGAAGAAGAAGAAGAAGUCGAAGCUUUCUAUAUGGACCUGGAGAAGUUCUACCGAGAAGACCAUGCCUUCUACAAGGUCAUAAUUGGCGAUUUCAACGCCAAGGUUGGCCCAAGAAGAACGCCGGAAGAACUUCACAUCGGGACCCACGGCCUACAAUGGAAUGACCAGGGGGAGAGGCUCUCCGAGUUCAUCAUGACGACUAAGACCAUCCAUGGGAACUCCCAAUUCCAGAAGCCCUCCUCUCUACGCUGGACGUGGGAGUCACCCGGUGGAGGGUAUCGUAAUGAAAUAGACCACAUCAUCGUCAAUAAAAGGUUCUGCCUGACGGACGUCGGUGUUGUACUCUUCGCUACGCUAGCCGGCUUUUGGGAAGAUUCCGCAAUGGACAACAUCGACGAGGAAUAUGACCUGCUUCUGAUACGCCAGCGUGGAGCAGCACGAGCCGCAGGGAACCAAGAACUCACGUCCGAGCUCGCAAGGCUUUGCCGAGAGGCGAUAAAGGAAGACCUUAAAGAGAGAAGAGCAGAAGUGCUGGCUGAAGCUGCAGAGGCGGGGAAAAGCAUCCGCUAUGCCCGUCGAGACUUCGCCAGUCGCAAGACGAGGAUGACUGCUCUCCGGAACCCAAAGGGAACAACCAUUGCAUCGAGAAGGGGGAUGGAGAAAAUCAUCUACGACUUCUACUCUGAUCUCUUCGACAGCCAUGUCCACUUGCCUCCUCACCAUCUGAGGGAAGAUGGACAGUUCAUUCCAGAAGUUCUCCCGUCCGACGAACAACAUGCUAUCAUGUCCGUAAGAAGACGUACGGCACCCGAUCCUGACAGAAUAAGACCAAAACAUCUAAAGAAUCUUCCGCCAGUACUCAUCAACACCCUGGCCAGGCUCUUUACUCGUUACCUGCGGGAAUGCAAGGUUCCUAAACAGAUUGAAAAAGUCUUGGAUGAAGGACAGCCAUGCGAGCAAGCAGGGUUUCGAAAAGGAUUCAGCACGAUUGACCACAUUCACACUGUUUCGAAACUCAUCGAGGUAUCACGAGAGUACAAGAUGCCGCUCUGUCUCACCUUCAUCGACUUGAAAAAGGCCUUCGACUCAGUUGAGACGGAAGCGGUCGUGGAAGCAUGGUAUAGAAAAUGCAUUUGA